AUGACGCCAGGAAGACUGCUGCUGCAGCUAGGGUGCUGCCUGGUGCUGGCCGUCGCUAGCCUGGCCACCCGCAGCCACGGCCGCCCCGCCUCCGCCCCUGAGGGCGCGGUCGUCACCUUGACAGACCUCAACUUCGACGAGAUGAUGGCCAACGGCAAGCCCUGGAUGAUAAACAUCUUUGCCCACUACUGCCAGCUCACACACGAGAUGGAGGAAUUGUUUGAGAAGAUCGUUCACCACCUGCACCCGCACAUCAGCAUCGGCAGGAUUGACGGCACAGCAGAGCGCGGCCUCAUGAGCCGGUUCCAGCUGCGUGGCUACCACGCCCUGAUCAAGUUUGCCCGGGAAGGGUGGAAGGCGGUGCAGCCGCGCACCGGCUGCACCUCACCCGUCAGCAAGUGCGGCCGCACGGUAGGGCAGAUCACAAAGCUGCCUGCCAGGAUGAAGGACACGUACUCAUACCUGCACAACGAGCGGCACUACUCUGACCUGACCCUGUUUGCUGGCAUGCUGGCAGUGCCGGUCGCCAUCGGCCUGAGCUUCAUCUGCAUGCUAGACGCCUACUACUCGCGCCGCCCGCUGGCCCUGCCGCCGCACGUGCACAUGCACCACGAAUGA